GGCCCCGCGAGCACCCGCGCGUCGGCCCCGGGCGGCUCCGCGGCUCGCGGGCGGGGCGUCCUCGUCGCCGGGAGUGGCGCCACUGCGCGACUGUGACGGCCGGCGUGCCAUUGGCCCGCGACAUGUGGCGCGCGGUGGCGCGGGCGCAGGCGGUUGGAUGGGCGGCGCCGGGGGUCGGGCCGCGGGCCGCGGGGCUGGGCCUGCGGCAGACGCGGGCAGUGGCGCGGCUUCCCCCGGACGGCGGGCGCCCGAGGUUCUCGGCGCGGCGCACAGGCGAGGUCGCGAUGCCCGAGGUGAGCACCGACGCGCUGGACGAGCGGCAGGUGCAGCUGCUGGCGGAGAUGUGCAUCCUGGUGGACGAGAACGACCGCAGAAUCGGGGCGGAAACCAAGAAGAACUGCCACCUGAACGAGAACAUCGAAAGAGGCCUGAUGCAUCGAGCGUUCAGCGUCUUCUUGUUCAACGCGGAGGACAGGCUGCUGUUGCAGCAGAGGUCGGACGCCAAGAUCACCUUCCCAGGUUGCUUUACUAACACUUGCUGCAGUCACCCCUUAAGUAAUCCAGGAGAGCUGGAAGAAAAGGAUGCCCUCGGAGUAAGGCGAGCUGCGCAGAGGCGUUUAAAGGCCGAGCUGGGAAUUCCCACGGAAGAGGUUUCUCUGGAAGAAAUUAAUUAUCUAACACGAAUUCACUACAAGGCUCAAUCUGAUGAUAUCUGGGGAGAACAUGAAAUUGAUUACAUUCUAUUUGUGAAGAAGAACGUGAAGAACGUGACCUUGAAUCCAGAUCCCAAUGAGAUUAAAAGCUAUUGUUAUGUAUCGAAGAAAGAACUACAAGAACUUCUGGAAAAGGCAACCCGUGGUGAAAUUAAGAUAACUCCGUGGUUUCAAAUUAUUGCAGACACUUUCCUCUUUAGGUGGUGGGAUAACCUAAAUCAUCUGAAUCAGUUUGUUGAUCAUGAGAAAAUACUCAGAAUGUAGAUGUGGAGGAGUGAUUAUUAAAGUACUGAAGAAUUUCUCUAGUUAGGAAACUUAAACUGAAUUUUUAAAAAAUUGGUUCCCCAUUGGAACUCCCAUUGCAAAUAUUGAUACUUCACAACCAGCAUUUGUGUGGAAAAGAAUUCUUGAUUUUGUGUCAUACAACCCAUAUAUGUGCACUGCAAUUUGUAAAAAACUUUUGAGAGAUUAUAAAAAAAGGAAAAAAACUAAACACAUGGUUACAACAAAUUUGAAUAAGUGAAAUUCUUCAUUUUUUAUAUAUUGUGAUAAACAUUUUCAGAAGGCUUGUAGAGCACUUUGCUGUUUGCCAGGUGCCUGACACAUCUAAGUUUUUAUCAUAGUGCAGAAAAAUGUGCAAGGGAAAACUAUUUGCUUAUCUACUUCAAAACAGUUCAAAUUAACUUUUCAUAUUAAGAGAUUAAUAUAGAACAGGUUCAAGGGAAUUAAACAGUAUACAUCCUGAUUUCUGUCACUGUUAAGUUAAUUUUGUGGUUUAAUCAUCCUGAAGGUAUUUUGAUACUUAAAGUCAAACACUUUUUUUGGUAGUGAUAUUGGCUAGGUUAAAGUCAUUUAAAUAAUUGUUGCCAAUUAGCAAAGACUGGUUUUCAGAAUUACUGGGAAUAGACAGGCUUUUUGUAAAAUGGAACUUGGGUCAUAUUUUUUAACCUUUACACUGCUGGUGUUUGGGCUGAUAAUUCUUUUUUGGGGUUCAUCCUUUGCGUUGUAUGAUUUAGCAGGAUCCCCAGUUUCUACCCCCCAAAAUAGCCCUUGGCACCCCUCCCCCAUGACAGCCCCAGUGGCACCAGAUGCCAAAUCCAUGCUUGAGAACCACUAUUCUGCAGUCAGGCGGUGUUGGGCGGGGAGGUGGGUGGGGGGAAUUAACAAAAAGGCUACUGUUCAUGUUAGAUUUGGGUUAUGGGAUAUGUGUGUUAAUGUUUAAAUUGCACCUUGACUAACGUACUUCUUUAAACUCUUGCCAUAGAUUUCUCAGGUUUGAAAUCUUAAGACAGCUUUAUUGUCCCUGAAUUCUAUCUAUUAGUAAGUAAUGAAAGUUUGUUUCUUACAAAGCUAAGUGUUUUAUAAAUUCAAUAGAAAAAUCCAUUCUUAACCCUGGACAGUUAUUUUCAAGCAAGCCUGUGUAGCCAAUAGUAACUUUAUUGAAAAAUAAAAACAAAACUAAAUUA